AUCACUAAAAUGGUUGAGGAACAUAAGAACAAAAAGAGAAGACAGGAAGACGGCCCUGCUGACGUACCUGAAAAGAAGGUGAAAGUAAGCAAGUCUGAAAAGAAGGACAAGAAAGAAAAGAAGGAAAAGAAGGAGAAGAAGGAAAAAAAGGAGAAGAAAGAGAAGAAAGAGAAGAAAGAGAAGAAGGAAAAGAAAAAGAAGUACGAGCACACCGCCACCAUCUCUGGCUCUGCCCAAUCUUCUCAAGGCUACACUCAGUCUGAAUCGCUCACUAACUUACCACAAUCUGAAAUCGAUAGCUUCUUAGCUACCAAUGAAGUCACUAUUGAAGAUCCUCACAGUUUGAACUUGAGACCAUUGUUGUCAUUUGACCAGAUACAGUUGAACUCCAAGAUCAGCGCAGUAGUGAACAAGUUUCCCACGCCAACCCCAAUCCAGUCUGUCGCAUGGCCAUACUUGUUGAGUGGAAAAGAUGUCAUUGGUGUAGCUGAAACCGGGUCUGGUAAAACCUUUGCCUUCGGUGUUCCAGCCAUCAACAACAUUUUGACUUUAGGUAAGUCUGGCUUGAGUGUGUUGUGUAUUUCUCCAACCAGAGAAUUGGCCUCGCAAAUCUACGACAACUUAGUCGAUUUGACCAGUAACACUAAUGUCAAGUGUGUUUGUGUUUAUGGUGGUGUUCCCAAGCAUGACCAAGUCAAGAACUUAAAGAAUGCCAACGUCGUCGUUGCUACUCCAGGUAGAUUAUUGGAUUUGAUCGAAGAUGGUGCCGUCAACUUGGGCACUGUAGAUUACUUGGUUUUGGAUGAAGCUGAUAGAAUGUUGGAAACCGGAUUCGAAGAUGCCAUCAAGGCUAUCAUUGGUGGAACCAAGAAGGAAAACAGACAGACAUUGAUGUUCACUGCUACCUGGCCACAAGAAGUCAGAAAGUUGGCAUCUACGUUCAUGAAUCAACCUGUCAAGGUCAGCAUUGGUGACAGAGAUGAGUUGGCUGCCAACAAGAGAAUCACCCAAAUCGUUGAAGUCAUCGAACCUUUUGACAAAGAGAAAAAGUUGUUGGGCUUAUUGAGACAAUAUCAGUCUGGAUCCAAGAAGAAUGACAAGGUGUUGAUUUUUGCAUUAUACAAGAAGGAAGCUACGAGAAUCGAAGGGUUGUUGAGAAGAAACUCCUACAACGUUGCUGCAAUUCACGGAGACUUGUCGCAGCAGCAGAGAACCAAUGCAUUGAACUCUUUCAAGAAGGGUGAGUCGAGUUUGUUGUUGGCCACGGAUGUUGCAGCCAGAGGUUUGGAUAUUCCCAACGUCAAGGUGGUCAUCAACUUGACCUUCCCCUUGACUGUAGAAGACUACGUUCAUAGAAUCGGUAGAACCGGUAGAGCUGGUCAAACUGGUACUGCCCAUACUCUUUUCACCGAACAUGAAAAGCAUUUGAGUGGUGCCUUGAUGAAUAUUUUGAGAGGUGCCAACCAGCCAGUUCCAGAUGAAUUAUUAAAAUUCGGAGGUCACACCAAAAAGAAGGCUCAUUCCGCUUACGGUGCCUUCUUCAAGGACGUGGACAUGACGAAGACUGCCAAAAAGAUCAAGUUUGAUUAG